GAAUUGAAGAGUAAGAAGAAGAGACAGCUAAAAAGAUACGGAUACAUCAACAACAACAGUUGCAAUCAAAACCCAUUGUUCGAAACAAAAUGAGGCAUCAAUUCCAGAUACUUCUGGCAAUUCUCGCAUGCUGCAAGGCUAUUUCCGGCUCACCGGCCUACAAACCGGUCGUAAUUCUCCACGGAAUCCUUUCCGGAGCUGAAUCAAUGUCAUUUCUGGUCCGGGAAAUCGAAGAGAAGCAUCCUGGUACCAUAGUUUACAAUUGCGACAAGUUCAGUGGAUGGUACAGUUUGGAGAACGCCUGGCGACAGGUCGAUCAGGUUAGGGAUUACCUCAACGAAGUGGGAAAACUGCAUCCGGAGGGCAUUAUUGUGUUGGGCUACUCCCAGGGAGGUCUUUUGGCCAGAGCAGCCAUCCAAAGUCUGCCCGAUCACAAUGUGAAGACCUUCAUAUCCCUAUCUUCCCCACAAGCGGGGCAAUAUGGAACCAGCUUUCUUCAUCUGAUAUUUCCUGAUCUGGCUGCCAAAACGGCCUUCGAAUUGUUCUAUUCUCGAGUGGGACAGCACACCUCGGUGGGCGGAUAUUGGAACGAUCCGCAGAGACAGGAGCUCUACAUGAAGUACAGUGAGUUCCUGCCACUGAUCAACAACGAGAAGCAGACCUCCAACUCCACAUCCUUCAAAAUGGGAAUGGUGCGGCUGGAUAGAUUGGUGAUGAUCGGAGGUCCCAACGAUGACGUGAUUACCCCUUGGGAAUCCAGCCACUUUAGUUACUAUGACGAGAACAUGGAUGUCAUCCCAUUCCUCAAGCGAAAAAUUUUCACUGACGACUCCAUCGGAAUUAAAACUCUUCAGGAGGCUGGCAAACUCAUUAUUGUGAUCAAACCCCAUGUUCAUCAUCUUGCCUGGCACACGAGGAGGGAUGUCAUCCACGAAGUGAUAAUGCCAUAUCUAGACUGAACAGUAAACCGAAACCAAACUGAAGCGAUCUAAGGGCUGUGAUCGGAAAGGCGGAGCGUGCUCUCAACCAUAAGCGCUAAUGUGAAGUUGCUACCUGGCAGACAGGCUUACACAAUGAUCUUUUAUUGGUAACUUAGCUUUAGACUGUUUACAAUGACCUGCAGUUUGCAUGGGAGAUUUAUACAAAUUUUAUUUACUACAUAUAGGAAAAUUUAUAAAUUUAAAACCAUUUAUUAAAACCAUAUAUUAAGAAAAUUAAUGCGUAAGUGAUAAAGGUAAAAAAAAAGUAGGAGGUAAUAAUUGUGGUUACUUCUUAAAAAUAAAAAUAAAUAAAAUGUUCUUGUA